AAAUGCAGAAAGAAAGUUGAGAAAGUUGAAGAAUGUGCUAGAACUAGAAUUACAUUGUUACCUAUAUACUCCAAUUAUUAAUUAUUCAUUCCUUUCCUUUCGGUUCAUUCUACCCUUUGAUUUGAUUUGAUUUGAUAUAUGAUUGAUAAACUUCUUGCUACCCGGAAACUCGAAACCGAUGAUGGACGCCAUGGAAACCGAAGCAUCGCAGGUCACGGUGGCAUCUAGCUCCGGCGGCCACGACGAAGGCGCCGUUCGUGAUUUGCUGACAUUGGCUCGGCAGCUUAUCAAUCAAGGGAAACCCUCACAGGCCCUUCAAGCGGUGAUUGUAGCAAUGAAGAAUAGAGGUGGGGAUGAAGCUGUCUUUCAGUCCUUGCACCGUGCUCGCGAGCUGUAUAGAGGUAGGCUGCAAGAGAAUGCUGCGGUUGAUCAGCUGGCUUCUCUGUUUGCCGAGUGUGCCAUUGCUGAAGCUCAGCCUGGAAUGAUGGAACCAUCUGCAAAUAGUAACAUUUCCAGUCAACCAGUUACCCCAGAUGUUCAUGGGAGCUCCAUACUGGCGGAAAGUGGCAGGAUGCAAGUGGUGUUGGAUGCAGUUUCAGACGGAAGCAGCUUCAUCUGUUUGAAGUGUGGAGGCCUUGUUAGUAACCAUCGCAAAGACGAGCACUAUGCAUACUGGUGUUGUUAAUCAUCUUGAUGCUUGGCUAUGGGGUUGUAGCUUGUUGUACAUCUGCUAUGGUGGUGCUGUGUUUUUCCAUGCAUCGUCAAGAUGAACUGGUCCGACAAGGGAACUUUUGGGUUCUCACUGCCUUAGCCAUGCUAUGGUCUUAUUGGAGUGAAUUACCAAAGUGUCUCCUUUGAAGACUAGAAUGCUGUAAACCAUAGUGAUUAGUUACCAAUACAGAAAAGUCUGAGUAAGGACUUGGUGUCCAUAUGUUGACUCUAAUGUUACAUUUGGAGCCAACUGCACCUUAUGUAAUGGUCAGUAUAUUUUGUUUUAUUUCUUAAUUAAUAAUUAUAAAAACCAUACUUAUAUUUUUA